AUGAUCUCAACCAUUAAAUGGCUUGGAGUUUUCCAUCUGCUUCUGUGCUUGUUGCUUCUAAAACAAAUAGAUCAAACAUUAGCAUUUGAAGACCUCCCAGAUUUAAAUUCAUCACUUGAUCACCUUCCAAUAAAGAUUGAAGAUUCUCCCCCAACAUCUCCACUCCAAGAGUUUCCCAGUCCAAUAAAGAUAGAAGAUUCUCCUCCAACAUCUCCCCUUCAAGAUCAACAAGAUGCACAUAGACCUCUUGGGUAUACAGGGGAGAAUUCCCAGGGAAAUUUGAGAAGACUGCAAUAUAUCAGUUCCAGGAAAAACAAAGAACCACAGUCAAACAUACAAGAUUUAGAAAACUUACAAUACAUGGAAGUAGUGGAUGGUGGAAGCCUUCAUAUUCCCAAACCUCUUAAAAAAGCUAAAUUUUCUUCAAAAAACAGAGAGAUUGGGGGACCAUCAAAUUCAAAAAUUGAUUCUUCAGCCAUCAAUUUGAUAGAUAACAUCAAGGAAAUGGCAAAAACACAUGAUUUGAUCCCCUCAACACUAGUGUCUGCCAUAGAUGAUUGGUUCACCAAUUUGGAGGCAAAGAUGUCUGACAAGAUAAAAGGCUAUGAUUCUACAUACAAGAGGAAAAGAAUCAUACACCCACAUGUGAGAAGAGCAGUCUCAAAGGCCAAUGCAGUAGCAACUUCAUUUCUUGUCUGCCUGAAACUCCUCCAUGAAGACCAAUACCAUGAAGUGAUCAACUGGGAGGAGCAAAUAUUACAAGAUGGAUGGGUCUUCAUCAGAACUAUCUUUGAAGAGUGGAAUGGGUUAGAGCAGGAUGAUUUAAACAUAUCAAAAACAACCCGGAAGAUGUCAAAAUCUUUGGAACAUAUCAAUGAUCUUCAACCUUCAUUUCUUUACCAUCAUUUGGUAUCUGUGAGAUUACAAGGUUUGAACAUCAAGUUUCUAUGGAACUUAUGGAAGAGAUGGUACAGGGAGUCAGGAUACUACAAUAAGAGAUUUCUUGCAACUCAAACUUGCUUUGUUAGACAUAUCCAGUAUUUAAUACUACACAAUGGCUUCAUUGAUUCUCCAAUUAAUCCAGAGGUGAUACUUCAAGGCUUUAAACAAAUGGACAAGAUUGAAAGUCAUCAACAGAUGCUAAAAGAGCACAUCCUUCAAUUUGAUUGGCCCAAAAGAUCCAACUCAGAUAUAAACCCUGAUCAUUUGGAGCGGAUGUUGCACCAUGUAGGUCAACUGGAGCUAGAGCUUUUGGAACAACACCAACCAGUGGAGGAAUAUCUUGAAAACAUAAAUCAACACUUUUUAAAUGUGCUACCUAGGCAAGAGAACAAUAAGGAGAAUCAUGAAGAUAAACUGAAAGUAGUAUUCAAAUGUGUUGGAGCUACAUACAGAAGGCUAAUUCCAACAUUCUUUGGAGCUGUAAAGCUGAUGGAAGAUCCUAAAUCUUUGGUCCCAGCAAAAGAUGAGGAUAAGACGGUUUACCAAGCAUGGAAAUUCAUCAAAAAUCAUCUAGAUCACUGGAAGAAUAUUGAUCUCAGUGAAGGCUAUCAUCUUAGACUCUCUGAGAAUUUUUCACAUGAUCAUGAUUCAAAGGAAAGUUAUUGGCUGUUUUUGGAAAUGCUCAACUUGAACAGUGAUUCACCAAUCCCAUUUGGAGUUAUAUCUAGACUGUAUUACCCACAAAACUCAUCUCCCAACAAACUGAUUAGAGAACAUGGUAUCAUGGAUCAACAAGAUACACUUAAGCACAAACUCAUAGAAUCAUUUUUGAAUCUACAAAACCAAGUUUCAUAA